AUGGCACAAACAGAGGAUGAACAAGACUGGACACCCAAUGAAGAUAAUGAUGGUGCUGAAAGAGUAAGAUCCCGAGCCCAAAAGAAGUCUCAGCUACCUACCAAGGAGAAAGAAAAACAAAAGAAGAAACCAACCACCAAAAGGGAUAAACUGUCCAGCAAGGAAAAGGGGAAACAGAAAGUAGGUACUAAUGCUGACAUGUCAUACCUACCAAAACCACAUAGUACAACCUUUCUGAGAAGAGAAGCAGUAAGUUUAUGGAAAAGAAUAAUAGAAAGGAAAAUCAUUAGCCAAAAACUGCUUCCCAUAGAUAAGCUAGACAAUCCAGAACAGAUUCAAGAUAUAUUAAUCACAAGUCAACUCCAGGGAACAGUGACCAAUAUAGAACCCUAUGAUGAACAGGUUAUACAGGAGUUCUACUGCAACAUGACAAAAACCAUCUCUACACCUAGUAGUCCUUUGUAUGGAAAGGUAUAUGUAAGAGGCAGUUUCUAUGACUUCACUCCAGACAUCAUCAACAGAUAUCUAGGAACACCAGAAGCAGAACAAAACAUGGAAAUAAAUAGUGAGCAAGUUGCACAAGAGCUCACAGCUGGAAAUGUCAUUUUUGAAAAGAACAAGAUCAAAGCAGCUUCCCAAACAAGCAAAUAUGCCACCCUCCAGAAAAUAGCUCUAGCAAACUGGAUGCCAUCACUUCACGAAUCCACUGUGAAAUGGACCUUAGCAGAGCUAUUAUACAAGAUAGGGAAAGGAGUUAAACUCAACAUGGGUGUCAUUAUCUACUCACAAAUCACAAACCUAGCUGAAGACACAAAAUCCAACACUUCCUUAAUUUUUCCAAACCUCAUCUUUGGCAUCUUGACAAAACAGAAUCUCAAGACACAUGGCCCAAAAACCAUUGUCAAGAACCUCAACACCACAGUAAAAUUAAGGAAGGGAAGCCAUCAAAAUGACCUAAGAUCCUCAGCCCCAAAGAAGAAUCCUCUAGACUCCAAGACACUAAUCAACUAUUUUGAGAGAAGACUAACAGAAUUGGAGAUCUCAGAAAAACAAAUCCUAAGGAAACACAUGGACAUCAAGGAAGAAAGAACAGAGAUAUCAGAAUGGUUAGCAAUCCUAAAAGCAGCUAAUGAAGAAGAUCAUGAAGAAGAUCAAGAAUCAGAAGAAGAAAGCCAGGAGCUCUCUCAAGAAAAGGAUGAGCACACUCAAGAAAAGGGUGUUGAAACCCCUGUUUCAACAUCAAAUUCAGAAAAUAGACCUUGA